GGCAACUUCCCUGAGAGAGAGAGGCUGGCCUUCUUCUGCUGGGGCUCCUCCUCAGAGCAAGAAAGAGCCCGAGGAGGAGGAAGGCAGGCGAGCCUUAGCCCUGCUCCUUCCCCGCUGGGCUCGCCCUCCCCGGCCCUUCCUCGGGGCUCCGGGCUGCCCGCUUCCACAACCAGCCUCACGGGAAGAGAAGGAGGAGAAGGGGCCCCGGGAAAGAGAGCCAGCCUCCUCCCCAGGAAAGGAAGGGUGCUCCUGAGUCCUGAUGGGUUUCUGAUAGUCUUUCACUGAAAAGCUGGGAAGAGCAUGGUUAAACACCAACCUCUACAGUACUACGAGCCACAGUUAUGUUUAUCAUGUCUGACUGGGAUUUAUGGCUGCCGCUGGAAACGAUACCAGCGGUCACAUGAUGACACCACCAAGUGGGAACGCCUCUGGUUCUUAAUCCUCACUUUUUCUUUCUUCUUGACCCUGAUCUGGUUUUAUUUCUGGUGGGAAGUUCACAAUGACUACAAUGAAAUCAACUGGUUUUUAUACAAUAGAAUGGGAUACUGGAGUGACUGGUCCAUUCCAAUCCUUGUUACCACUGCUACUGGCUUCACAUAUAUCACAGUUUUAUUGAUUUUAGCUCUGUGCCACAUAGCAGUAGGACAGCAAAUGAACUUGCACUGGAUCCACAAGAUUGGGUUGGUGACAACUCUGAUAUCAACGGUUGUAACAAUGUGUUCUGUAGCCCAGCUGUGGGACGAUGAGUGGGACAUGGUGGUUAUAUCAUUGCAAGCAACGGCUCCCUUUCUGCAUAUAGGAGCCCUUGUGGUUGUUACAGCUCUCUCUUGGUUGAUAUCUGGUCAGUUUGCAAGAGCAGAGAAAGCCACUUCUCAGAUGCUGACAUUUGGAGCCUACUUUGCAGUUGUCCUUGCGCUUUACCUUAUCCCACUCACCGUCUAUUCCCCUUGCAUAAUGGAGAAGAAAGAUCUUGGACCCAAACCUGCCAUUAUUGGUCACCGUGGAUCCCCCAUGCUGGCACCAGAAAACACUCUGAUGUCCUUUCAGAAGGCGGUGGAGCAGAAAAUCUAUGGAGUACAAGCAGAUGUAGUGAUAAGUUAUGAUGGAAUACCUUUUUUAAUGCAUGACAAGACACUACGGAGGACGACCAAUGUGGAAGAAGUGUUUCCACAACUAGCAUAUGAGCAUUCCUCUAUGUUCAACUGGACAGACUUGGAGUUACUGAAUGCUGGUGAAUGGUUCCUUAAGAGUGAUCCUUUCUGGACUGCUGAUUCCCUCUCCAGUUCUGAUUUUGUGAAAGCUUCCAAUCAGUCCAUCUGCAAAUUGGCCGACAUGCUGGAGACAAUCAAGGGCAAUGCCACCAUCCUCCUCAACCUCCAGGAUUUGCCUCCGGAUCAUCCCUACUACAGUUCAUCCAUCAACAUCACCUUGGAAACGGUCCUCGAAUCAGGCAUCCCUCAGCAGGCAGUAUUGUGGUUGCCCAACUCAGAGCGAAGACUGGUUCAGGAAAUUGCGCCAGGCUUCCAACAGACCUCCAGCGUCAAAGGAGAGGCGCAGCAAUUGAGGGACAGAGGAUUUCAGAAGUUGAACCUGCGGUACACCAAAGUCACCAGUGAGGAUAUCAGAGAAUACGCAGGGGCAAAUUUGAGUGUGAACCUCUACGUUGUGAACGAACCCUGGCUUUACUCAGUCCUUUGGUGCAGCGGGGUCCAGUCUGUCACCUCUGACAAUGUGCACACCCUUAGCAAGAUGUCUUUCCCCAGCUGGUUGAUGACUCCGGAUGAAUACUAUCUCAUUUGGAUAACGUCUGAUCUCAUUUCAUUUAUCAUAAUCGCAGGAGUGUUUAUAUUCCAGAACUAUCACAUGAUCAGGUGGCGCAUGGGAAGCAUCCGCACAUACAAUCCUGAGCAGAUCAUGCUCAGUGCCGCUGUCCGAAGGUCCAGCCGAGACGUCAACAUCAUGAAAGAGAAACUCAUCUUUUCAGAAAUCAACAGCGGAGGAGAAAUGGCGGAUGAGCUUUCGCUUUGCUCUGAGAACGGCUAUGCCAAUGAGGUUGUUACGCCCAUGGAUCAUCGAGAAGUGAAGCUCCGCAUUGACUGAGGGUGCUGGGUGGACAGGGACUAGUGGUCUCCAUAAACCUACCCCGAAAUCCCCCCACCCCUUGGUGCAAACGGCUCUUCCAUGCGCUGUCUGGGACUGGACUCCCUUCCACCAAACUCUUAAUGCAAUGGACUUUGUGAGGAUGGCCUGGUGCCUCUCCAGAAACUGAAGCUGGACUGGGUUUCUUCAGAACACUUUUUUCUUUUGUAAAUACAUCCCCUUUUUUGUGCCCCUUUUCUUGCAUGGGAGGGUGAGGGGGGGUGGGGAACAGGCCUGUUUAUGAGGAGAAAACUAGAGACCUGAUGUGGUGCCACCUGGCAGGGCCAGCUAGGAGUCUCAGGCAUCGUGGCAAGCCGGUGGUGAAACAAACCCCAUUGUCUUCUCUCCUCCUCUCCCUGGUGCAGCGAUUCUUUAGCUGAACUUAUUUAAAUAUGGAUGUUGUGAAA